GGGCGGGAGGGUAGCGGCCGCCGCCAUGAUGAUAAUGAUGCCGCCGUCUUCGUCGUCGCUGUGCUUGUUGAGGGCCGGUCGGGCAGCGCUGAUGGCCGUAACCGGAGGCCGAUGCCGGCUCGGCGUCAGGAGCCUGAGCGGCGGGCCGGUCAAGCUGACGGUGAAGCCGCUGAAGAGCCUGGCGGACGAGCCGCUGGCCAUCGAGGUGGAGGGGCUGGGCCCAGAGCAGGCGGUCACCCUGCGGGCCCAGGUGCUGACCGAGCAAGGGGAGAUCUUCCUGUCUUGCGGCCAGUACCGGGCGGACGGGGACGGGCGCGUGGACGUGGGCCGGUCGCCGUCGCUGGGUGGUAACUACGAAGGGGUGGCGCCCAUGGGCCUCCUGUGGACUCUGGCCCCCGCCCCCAUGGAGCGGCCUUACCAGAAGCUCAGCCAGGCCCACCUGACCGGCAGCCCCAUGUUCGUGGACCUGCGUGUCCACUCGGGGCACACCGGCAAGAACAACAUCCCCGGGCCUGCUCUGGCCUAUCAGAGGUUCGAGAGGUGGUUCAGCAAACCCGGAUUGCGUCGCAUCAGGCUCAGGGAAGGCAAUGUUCGCGGCAGCAUUUUUAUCCCCACAGGGGAUGGCCCAUUUCCUGGAGUGAUCGAUCUUUUUGGAGAUGGAGGUCUGAUUGAGUUCCGAGCAUGUCUCCUUGCAAGCCGAGGCUUUGCUACUCUUGCUCUCCCUUACUUUGGUUUUGAAGAUCUACCAAUAUCCAUGACUGAUUUUCAUUUAGAAUACUUUGAAGAAGCUGUAAAUUAUCUAAAGAAACAUCCAAAGGUGAAGGGACCAGGUAUUGGCGUAAUCGGAUCUUCAAAAGGUGGAGAUUUGGCUCUAUCAAUGGUCACGUUUUUACCACAAGUUGUAGCAUCCGUUUGUAUCUCUGGCUGCCACGCAAACACUAUGACUGAUUUGCAUUAUAAAGGUAUACAUCUCCUCAGCUUGAGUUACGAUGUAGAUCGUAUCGUUGUUUUGGACUCAGGAAUUCUAGAUAUGUCCGAAACACUUGAAAACCCCAGUACAAACAAAGGCAGCAUCAUCCCGUUGGAAAAAGCUGAAGGACACAUCUUGUUUGUGGUGGGCGAAGGUGACAAGAUCUGGAACAGCAAACAGUUUGCUGAUGAGGCAAUAAAAAGACUGAAAAAAAACGGCAAGGACAACUAUAAGCUGCUUAGUUAUCCAGGAGCUGGGCACUGUAUUGAACCUCCUUGUUCUCCAUUUCGUCCUGCCAAGAUUGAUCGGUUGUAUGGACUUCCAGUGCUGUUGGGGGGAGAGGCAUUAAAACACUGCUCUGCUCAACAAGAUGCUUGGGAAAAAAUUCAAGACUUCCUACGUUUACAUCUAGGUUGAAAUGAUUUGGAUUUAACAAGAUUCCUCUUUACCUAAUGCAUGUUAUUUAGUAUAAUAUGUUGUCAUAAACUGCAUAGUAAUUAUUUAAUAUGAUCCACUACAUGUAAGGAAGACAGUCCAAGACUUUCUGAAAUUUGUAUUUCCAACCACCAGUAUCUCUAUUUUUUGGGUGAGGGUGGAAAAAUUAAACUUUAACUUAAUGCCA